AUGGUCCGCAUCCACCAAGUGAUGACCAAGCUCAGCGAGACCGUGCUGAGUCAAGAGGUUGUCGGAGCGAUGUUCGAGCGCAUGAGCAACAAGCAUGUCCGAACUGUCUUUGAGCAGGAGCGCGACGCGGACUUCUCGUACGAGGUUGAAGGGCUUGCUCGCUAUCGUGUCAACGCGCACAUGCAGAAAGGCACCAUCGGACUCGCGAUGCGUGCGAUCAAAACCAAAGUGCCACCACUGGAAGCGCUCUCUCUCCCGGAGGUCAUCGCUCGUCUGACCUACCUCCCACGCGGUCUUGUCCUCGUGACCGGUGACACCGGUUCGGGUAAAUCCACCACGCUCGCGGCGAUGAUCCAAGCAAUGAACGAGCGCUACUCCAAGCACAUCAUCACGCUGGAAGAUCCGAUCGAGUACAUGUUCGAGUCCGAUCAGUGUCUGAUCGAGCAGCGCGAGCUCGGACGCGACAUGAUCAGUUUCGCAUCAGGACUCAAGCACGCGCUUCGUCAGGACCCCGACAUCAUCCUCGUGGGUGAAAUGCGUGACCUGGAAACCUCAUCGCUCGCGAUCUCCGCGGCAGAAACAGGUCACCUGGUCCUCUCGACCCUGCACACUGUCAACGCAUCGCAGACCGUGUCUCGUAUCAUCGAUAUGUACCCAUCUGGUCAGCAGAACCAGAUCCGUUCGAUGCUCUCGACCACGCUCCAAGCGGUUAUCUCGCAGACAUUGUUCACACGCUCGGACCGCCCCGGCAUGGUCCCAGCGGUCGAGACACUCCUGUGUACCCCAGCGGUGCGCAACCUGAUCCGCGAAAACAAGAUCUUCGAGAUUCCCAAUGUCAUCGAGACCAGCCGUGCGAUCGGGAUGUGUUCGCUUGACUCGUCGAUCGCGGAGCUCUACUUCAACGGCACGAUCACCAAGGAAGACGCAAUCGCUCAAGCCGUGUACCCCGACAAGCUGGAGCGGCAGCUCGUCAAAGGUUCAGACGGGAAGAUCCGCACCGGUGUGCUGUCGGCAGACAGCGCGACAUCCGCGGCGACUGUCCUGAGGAACCAAGGCGUCCAUGUGAUGUCUGUUGACCAAGCAAAAGAGGGCGUCGCUCAAUCUGGUCUUCUCGCCUCACUCUCCAGUAUGAACACCAAGAAACCCACACAGAAGAAUGUGCUGGAUUUCACUACACAGCUCGCCGUCAUGAUCCGAGCGGGGAUCAACCUCCGCUCAGCACUCGACGGGAUCGCUGAUCAGACGGAUCACAAAGCGUUCAAGAAGGUCAUCAUGGAACUCAAAUCGGAUGUCGAGUCCGGUAAGCAGUUCUCCGAGGCGCUCGUCAAGCAUCCCAAGCUCUUCUCACCUCUGUACAUCAACAUGGUGCGCGCAUCUGAAAUGUCGGGAUCGUUCUCUGAGAUGCUCGAACGCAUCGCGGGAUACAUCGCGCAGCAGAUCGAGACUCGCAAGAUGGUCAUCGGCGCCUCGAUCUAUCCGGCGAUCAUCGGAGGCAUGGCCGUCGCGGUGACCGUGUUCCUACUGACAUUCGUGCUCCCGAAGUUCUACACCGUGUUUGAAGGCAAGGAAGAUGUUCUGCCAUGGGCGACCAACUUCCUCAUGAUGCUCUCGCAAACACUGAUUGCGCACUGGCCGUUCAUCCUUGGUGGUCUCGCGGUCUGCGGCGGCGCGUUCUUUGGUUUCUCGAAAACCGAGAUCGGCGCGUUCUGGAUCGACCGAACCAAGCUCACCAUCCCGGUCAUGCGAGGCAUGUUCCGCUCGCUGUACAUCACACGCUCGCUCCAGACGAUGGGUCAGCUCAUCAACGCGGGUGUCCCGAUGCUCGACACGCUCAGCAUCACUGGAGACAUCUCUGGGAACAAGCUCUUUGAGGGCAUGUGGCGCAAGGUCCACGGCUCCGUGAAGCAGGGGCGUAAGAUCGCUGAACCGCUGCACUCGACCUCGCUGCUCCCCAAGUCUGUUGUGCAGAUGAUCGGUGCCGGUGAGGAAUCCGGUAAGCUCGGCGAGGUGCUCGACGAGAUAUCGGUCUAUUACGCGAAGCAGCUCAAGGACCACAUCAAAGCGGUUACCGGAAUGAUCGAGCCCGUCAUGAUCAUCAUCAUGGGUUCAAUCGUCGGAUUCAUCGCGAUGGCGAUCAUUCUCCCGAUCUUCAAGAUGAGCCAGAUCGUGCAGGAGCACACGAUGUCUGAGCGUCUAUCCAACCAACAAAUCCGCCGAAGAGCGCAUUCGGCACAAGGUUUCACGCUGAUCGAAGCCGCGAUGGCCACCAUUAUCAUCGGUGUAGGUGUGCUCGCAAUGGUUGAUGCACAGUCCUCAUUCAUCACAUCGAACUCAUGGUCAACGCACGCCGCGAGCGGGACCUAUCUUGCGAAUGAAAUCCGCGAGAUGACGCGCAAUCUCCCGAAACACGAUCCAGUGGUCGGUCUCUACAUCGAGGACAAUGGCGACGGCGGAGUACUCCACGGUUGGGGUCCGGAUGCCGGAGAAAUUAAUGUCGACGACUUUGAUGACAUCGAAGAUUUCGAUGGACUGACCUUCUCAUUCGUCGGGACCGCAGGUUUCGGGGAUGGUGAUCUUCCAGGACCGAUCAAUGCGUAUGGCGAGAUCAUCCCAGAAAUCGACCACUACGGUGCUGAAGAAGGCGCAACCAGCAACGGUGUCUUUGUUGGGACUCCGAUGUACGGCUGGUCACAGCAGGUCGUCGUCCAGAAAGUCGAUCCGUUUGAUUCUUCCAUCGUCCGCGCCGAUAACUUCACCGAAGCCGCGAGCGGCGAUUUCCCUGGACGAGAGGUAGAUGAAUAUCCACUCCGUGUGACGGUCCGCGUGUUUUACCAAGCGGUCAACGCGAUCGAGCCGGACCUCGUGACUGAGGUCAUGUGGGUGGUGCCUUGA